CUUUAUUUCAUAUUAUCUUGUUUCUGUAAUUUAUGCAUAGUUUUAACUUUUAUUAAUUAUACUGUUAGUUUACGGUUCAUUCCAAUAAUUUCGUUGUAAAUUAUAGAUAACUAUUAAUACAAUACAUUUGCACACAAGUAAUAGUUAAAAUUAACAUGAAUAAUUCUAAAAAUCUGGUGGAAAACAAAACCGUCACAAUGCAAGAAUUCUCUUUGCGAAUUCCUAAAAUUCCUAAUAAAAAGUAUGAGAUUAUGAAGUUUAAUAGCAAUUUAAAUAUUGAUUUUGGAAAAUGGGCUCAUGCGAAAAUGGAAAGAGAUGCUAACAAAGUUGAUGGCAAAACUGCAGAAGAAGACAUGCCAAAAUUUGGCGCUGGAAGUGAGUUUGGACGUGAAGCAAGGCAAGAAGCUAGAAAAAGAAGAUAUGGUGGAAAUAAAAAAGCUAGUGAAUCAAGCCCCUGGACUUUGAAAUUCGGAGGGAAAAAGUUUAGAGGUGUUCGUGAAGGUGGUAUAACUGAUAAUUCCUCUUAUUAUGUUUUCACUCACGGAGCAGAUGGAAUUAUUAAUGCUCAUAAGUUAGAAGAAUGGUAUAACUUUCAGCCAGUACAACGUUACAAAACAUUAUCAGCUGAAGAAGCAGAAGAAGAAUUCGGAAGACGCAAUAAAGUGAUGAAUCAUUUUAAUCUUAUGUUACAAAAGAGACUAAAGAAUGAAGAGGAUGAAGUGUUGGACGAAGAAGAUAAAGGAAAAGGAACGAAAAGUCGAAAAAGCAAAGAGCUUAAAAUUUCUGAAAUGGAUGAGUGGGUUGACAGUGAAGGAGAAGAGUCUGAUGAAAAUGAAGAUAAUGAUGAAGAAAAAGUUGAAAAGAAAAAAAAACAAAAAUUAAAAGAUAAGAACAAACCAAAACCAAAAAAGAAAAAUAAGGGUUCUGACGAGUCAGCUAUUGAAGAAAGUGAUGAUGGUGAUGAAGAAGGCAGAGAACUAGACUAUAUUUCUGAUUCAUCAGACGAGGUAUCAGACGAUGAAGCCAAAGUUACUAAAGAAAUGCAGGGUGUAUCUGAAGAAAAAGCAUUAAAAAGCCUUUUAACAUCUGAUGAAGAUGAAGGUGAGGAUGAGGAAAAAAAAGAAGAGAAAAAGGAAGAAGGUACGAACACAGAUGUCGAAGAUGAUGAUAAGGCCAAAAAAGAGGAUACUAAACCUAAACAAACUACUCCAAAUAAAAAGAAGAAAAAACAAGUAGAAAAGAAAACAAAAAAAGAAACAGAUUCAGAUAGUGACAGUUCUUUAGAUAGUUCUGAUAUUGAUAGUGAACCACUUAGAAAAAGACCAUUUGGACUAGAUACAAUCAAAGAAGGCAGUGGUGAUCAAAGUACCAGUAGUACUAAUAAUCAAAAUUCGGAACCAGUGUUAAAGAAAGCAAGAUUGGAAUUUUCUUCUUUAACUAUGUCUGACACGCAUGGAAUUACUGAAGAAGCAGUUCGACGAUACUUGUCACGAAAACCAAUAACUACUACACAACUAGUAUCUAAAUUUAAAAAUCGUUCCAAUCUGAGUUCAGAUCAAUUAGUUAGCAUCAUCGCCCUGUUGUUGAAAAAGAUAAAUCCAGAAAGAAAAAAUAUUAAAAAUAAAAUGUAUUUGUCAUUAAAGCAUGCUUAAAAACUAUUGAACCUAUGUUAGAAUGAAGUUUUUAUAUUAUUGUAACUACCAUUUUUAUUUUU